AUGUCAUAUGACGGUCUCAUGGAGAGAAGUCCUGACGCGGUCAAGCUUCUUCACCUUGCCAUAUUUCUCAGUCCGGGAUCCGUUCCAUUUAUUUUUGGGAACAAUAGCGAACCGGGACUGUCCUCUGACUACGCUUUCAAGUUACCUGUCUGUGGAGUCGGUCUAUCUGAGACGCAGUCAUUCGGCCUUCUCUGCUGGUUGAACGAAUUACGCCGGGAUGUUGAAAGAUUCGGAGUUGCUGUCAGUGAGCUUGAAUUGUCUGGAUUUGUCAAGCUUUGGCGCAGCCUAAGCAAUACUUCCAUUGAAAGCAUAGCGGUGCAUGCCCUGAUUCGAGCAUUUGUUUGCUCAAAGGCAGCAGAAAGGGACAUCCACGAGAGCUUGGUGACUGCUUUUCUACUUGGCGGAAGAACACUUCACUAUGGAUCAAAAGGGUUCCAAUUGUCAGAGCUGUGGAAGUAUACUGGGGAACUCAGUCGACUCCUGGAUGUGUUUCUUUCCUCAGUUUCCACAUCAUUCUUUCAAGACCCAGGUGGUAAAUACUUCGCAUUAUGUGGAGCCGUAGCACCUGUGUACGCCUACACUAGCCGUUUUCUCGGCGACUUGGAUCGAUCCAGCAAUCUUUGGGAUGUUGCCAUCAAGUACAGACUCAUUACUGACACGAUCUGGCCGGGUAGCGAGUUACACAUGGAUGAAAUUUUUGAAGCGGCAAGCAUUGAUGUAAAAAUUGGAGACUUCGGGAAAGGGAUAGAGCGAUAUGAGCUAUUUCUUGCUCAUUGUGAUCGUGUCUUCCCGGACAAUCAUGAAAGAGCCGUACAAGCUGCUGCCGCGCUCCGCGAAGCUCGAGAGAUUUCUCGAAAACAUGAGGAGAAUUUUGGCCGGGCCGUCGUUGCACAGAGAGUCGAGAAGCGAAGACCUGGAACUCCGACAUCAGGUGAGGCAACGUCACCUCUUCACAAAGCCACAGAGAGUGGAGAUAUAGAGGAAGUGAAGCUGCUGCUCGAAAGUGGAGCAGAAAUUGCCGCCCCAGAUGAUGAGGGACAGACACCACUCCACAUAGCCUCGCGUUAUGGCCACGCCGAUAUUGUGUGUCUACUUCUCGAAAGAAAUGUGGAGAUAAACUCUACAGAUAAUCGUGAUUGCACACCGUUGCACCUGGCCUCUGAGCAUGGAUGCUCAAAAGAAGCAAGUUUGUUACUCGAGCAUGGCGCCGAAGUUGAGCACCAAAACAUCCUAGGUGAAACGGCCUUGAUAUGCGCGGCCCAAAGUAGUCAUGAGCUGACUGUGCGGUACUUGCUACAACAUGGGGCCAAUCUAGAUACGCAAGACAUCGGCGGCGGCACAGCACUUUCUCGAGCAUCAGACCAUAGCUCUGAUACAAUUGUCAAGGUAUUACUGGAGCAUGCCCCUAACUUGGAACUACAAGACUACACUGGAAGGACGGCUCUGGCCGAGGCAGUUCAUGCAAAAAGAGAGAAAAUGUCUUUCUUGUUGAUAAGACAUGGGGCUGAUCCAAAUAUACAAGAUCGAGAAGGUUGUUCUGCACUGCACUGGGCAGUCAGUUAUGGCCUGAGUGAGACCAUCCUCAUGUUACUGGAAAAUAAUGCCGAUCCAAAUAUUCAAAAUGGCAAAGGCCAAACACCUUUGAUGAAGGCAGCUUUGUUGAGACAGGAUGUAGCGAUCACUUCACUGCUAAUAAAGCAUGGCGCUGAUCCAAACAUACAAGAUAAAGAAGGGUUAUUCGCACUGUACUGGGCAGCUCAAAAUGGCUUGCAUGACACCAUCCUUCUAUUACUGAAUAAUGGUGCUGAUCCAAAUCUUCAAACUGAUGGAGGCCGAUCGCCCUUGAUGGGGUCAACGCUUUCGGAUAAUGACGCAGUGAACAGUCUACUGCUCAUAAAGUAUGGUGCUGAUCCAGAUAUACAAGGCUUAGGUGGCUAUUUUGCACUGUACUUUGCAGUUUAUCAUGGCAGGAAUAAUCUCGUCCUCAUGUUACUGGAAAAUGGUGCUGAUCCAAAUCUUCAAAUUGACAAUGGCCUAACAGCCUUGAUGAGGGCGGCUCUUUCAGGUAAUGAGACAGCGUUCUCUUUAUUGUUGAAAUACAAUGCUCGAACCGAUAUAGUGGAUGGUCUAGGUGUCACAGUCGAAGCUUGGGCAUGCGAAAACCAGAGUAUAUUGCAUCUUUUGUCUGAAGCGAGAGCGUGUUCUCUGGACCUUGAAGACUCGGACCGCACCGAAAGUCUUGCUGAGAGUACUGAAACCUCCAGUCAAAAUGACAGUGAACACUGUCGAUCACAAGAGUAUGAAAAGCAGAAAGGAGAGCCCAAAGAUGUGGGCGGCGUGUUAAAAGGGUUGAGAGAGCAGCGCAGAGAGACUACAAGGACAGUGGGGGAAGCUUGGAGGCGUUUCACGAAGAGGCCAUGGAAAGGGAAGGGCAGAAUGGAGAGGAAGGAUGCUUAA